AUGUUUGCUAAAGCUGCUUUACGUCACUUACAUAUACUAGUUUUGGUUUCUACAACACUUGGAUUAUCAGAAUUUGGUAACAAUACACAUUUCUUGAGAUCUAAAAGAGAAGCAGAAGGACCAAAAAGAUAUUUAAUAUUCCCACAAGGUAGUAAUGUUCAGUUGGUUUACUGUAUGACUAUUGGAACGUACACAAGACCUCAAAGCUUCUUUACAAUGGGAGUAACUGCAGGUUUAGCUUGGGAAUUGCCUCACAGAGAUACAGUUCCUUAUAGGAAACCAGCCGAGGUUUACCAUCGACGAAGUAGAAGAGAGCUGUAUCGUAAAGUGGAGCUAAUGUUGAGCACGAGAGGCAGAGAUGGAAAGUCUUGUGUCCUCAAGGCUCUUUGCCAAGCAGGAAGAAGAAAUGACUCCGAAGUUGGGAAAGGAAGCUUUAUGCAAGAAAUUCUCCACUCUAUAUUCACAUUACCUAGAGGGUCCUAUGAUGAUGAUCCUCCAACUGAGUAUGACGUAGCACAUCAAUCAGCAGCUAAUUGUGAGGAAAGAUACUUCUGCCCUGAUAUCUUUUGA